AUAUCUCCACCUGCUUUGCCGAGUUCAAUCGCGGCGCCGGCGCCUCGGCCCGGCUCUUCGAGCUGCGCGACCGCGUGCCCACCUCCCUGGUGAACACCCUUCCCGAGUCGGGCUACGUGGACCAGGUCCUGCCGGAGGUCCGUCGGACCCUCGGGACGCUGACCCUCCCGAUGGCUGACAUCCAGGGCGCCAUCGCCAUCCGUGGCCUGGACUUCGCCUUCCCCAGUCGCCCGGGCCAGCCGGUCGUGACUGGCCUGGAUCUUGACGUCCGCCCUGGUGAGACUCUGGCCCUUGUCGGUGAGUCUGGCAGCGGCAAGUCCACCCUGCU